CCAUCAUAGUCUUCUCCACCACUGUUCCUUCCAGUCACGAACGACGCAAACGAAGCCAAGUUCCCCCAUCUCGGGACAGGACCUCUUAUCCUCUAUUACACUCCGGGAGAAGGAAAAGCGGGAGGAAAACCUGGCCUCCAAGCCCGACCCCUCGGCCCUGCCCUUUACCUCUCCACCCCUCAAUACAUAACCUCCCCUCUAGGCGGGGACGAAGCCACAUUCGCCCUGGGAGAGGCGGAGCCUCCGCUUUUACCCCCCCGCUCUCGCGAACUUUCAGAACUCUCGCGAGACCCGAAGCCCGACUUGUGCGCCCGGGAAACCCCGUCGCUCCCUUUCCCCUGGCUGGCAGCGCGGAGGCCGCACGAUGCCUGGAGUUACUGUAAAAGACGUGAACCAGCAGGAGUUCGUCAGAGCUCUGGCAGCCUUUCUCAAAAAGUCCGGGAAGCUGAAAGUCCCUGAAUGGGUGGACACCGUCAAGCUGGCUAAGCACAAAGAGCUUGCUCCCUACGAUGAGAACUGGUUCUACACGCGAGCUGCUUCCACAGCGCGACACCUAUACCUCCGGGGUGGCGCUGGGGUUGGCUCCAUGACCAAGAUCUAUGGGGGACGUCAGAGAAAUGGCGUCAUGCCUAGCCACUUCAGCCGAGGCUCCAAGAGCGUGGCCCGCCGGGUCCUCCAAGCCCUGGAGGGGCUGAAAAUGGUGGAAAAGGACCAAGAUGGGGGCCGCAAACUGACACCUCAGGGACAGAGAGAUCUGGACAGAAUCGCCGGACAGGUGGCAGCUGCCAACAAGAAGCAUUAGAACAAAUCAUGCUGGGUUAAUAAAUUGCCUCAUUCGUAA